CAUUCAGUUAUUUUUAGAAUUAACAUGGCCCCCAAAACAAGCAAGCCCGCUGAAAGCAAGGGUCAAAAUAUUAUUAUUCGGUUGUAUUUAAUAAUUUAUAAUAUAGCGCAGCUUGCAGGAUGGGCCUUUCUUAUGUUUAAAAUGGUUCAAUUCUGGUUGAAAAAUAAGACACAUAUUGGAUUAUAUCAGGAAGUAGAACAGAUUGUCCAGAUAUUUCAAACAGCAGCUAUUUUAGAGGUUUUACAUUGUGCUGUAGGAUUUGUGAAAUCUAGUGUUGUUUUAACAGCAUUUCAAGUUGCCUCUAGAGUAUUUUUAGUUUGGGGUGUGGUCUUCAGUGUUAAACAGGUUCAAUCCAGUCCGUCCGUUGUUUUGUUUUUGUUGGCGUGGAGUUUAACAGAAAUUAUUCGUUACUCAUUUUAUUUCUUUUCUCUGAUUGGCAGUGUUCCAUAUUUACUUGUUUGGUGUAGAUAUACGUUUUUCAUCAUACUUUAUCCAAUUGGUGUUCUGGGUGAAUUGUUGACUAUAUGGGGUGCUAUACCAGUUGUUAAAGAAACCAACUUAUACAAUCUAGACCUACCUAAUCAAUAUAACAUGGCAUUUAAUUUCUUCUAUUUUCUCUGGUUCGUAAUACUCAUGUACAUACCAGUAUUUCCACAGUUAUAUCUACACAUGUUACGACAGAGACAGAAGAUUGUAGGUGGUAAUUCUAACAAAGUUCGUUCUAAAACUGAUUAAUAAUUCUUAUAACAGCAUUCAUUUAACUUGAUAUCAGGGUUAACAUUUAUAAUUUAAAGGUUGUAGACUAUCUACAUAAUAGCUCUUUUUUUUGUGUGUGUCCUGGUUGAUUUUUUAAAAUCUUUUUCUAUUUUUAUACUAAAAUUAUAUAUGACAAUAUAUAUGUUGAGAUAAUAUGAAGGAAUUUAGCGCUUGUUGGGCUAUCUAAAUAUAGGAGUUGAUUAUGAACAGAUUUUAAGCUCAAACACCAAAGAGUUGAUGGCUUUGCAUAGUUGAUGUAAUACAAAUCAGCCAAUAUAGCCAAGAUAUGGGCAAGCAUGUGUCACAUUAUCUGUAACAUGUUGAGAAGUUUGCAAAUUAAUGUGACAAACGAUAUCAUUUCGCAAGACAGAUCAUGAAAAAAUGAAAUUAAAGCUUGUUUAGUUGAUCUAAAUCUGCAUAAUGCUCUUUAAGUAAAACCUUGUGGGUUUUCUCUGGGUCCUCCGGUUUCCUCCCACUGCUAAAGACCCCUAUGCGCAAGCGAAUUAUUGAAAUAAAAUUGAACCAUGUGUUAGUCCCAAAAUGACCUAGUUUGUGUCGAGUGGACGUUAAACCCCAUUUCUCUCUCUCUCUCUCUUUAAGUUUAAGUAAAGCCUUUUAUUUCUGUUAUUUGUUCUACCUAUAAAAUCAUAUCUUCAUCAUGCUGCAGUUUAACCAUAUGAAGAAACAGCCUUAAAUUGAUCAUCUUUGUUGAUUUGAUUGUUAAUUAUUAUUUGAGUUGCUAUCAUGACAAAUUGAGUAUGUAAAAUUUGAACAAAUAAGCUUAUACUGUAGGCAAAGGGUAGAUUUUAGACACAUCUAGAUUUGCUGUCAUCAAACACCACCAAUGUGAUUAAUACUCGAGCCAGUAUAUUAAAGUAUAUGUAUAAAUUAAAUUAAUAUUUUAUAUGUGAACUUCAGUAAAUAUUUUUUAACUUUUAUAGCAUGGCCAUCAGCCAUUCAGUAGGUACAUUUAGGUAAAUUGUGAAAAUAGCUGGCAAUGUUUAGAAACUUGCAUUUAUUUAUACUUUAUAGUAAUAGGAUGUGUUCUAUAUCAAAUAAUAUUUGAAUUUAUCAUCUAUCUUACUGUUUAUUCAAUUGCAUUAUCAUAUCCUAAUAAAGUCAUUUUAUUGAAA